CACGGCUGCCUACAUUUGCUUUCUACCAGGCGAACGGCGCGGACGCAUUCAACUGCAGAAAGAACACACAGUUUUGUAGCUACUUUGAAGUGCACUUCAUAAGCAGAAUACAGAAUUGUAUACUUUUAGUUGAGAUUUUGCGGAAACGCUAACAGAAAGUAAAAUCGGAAAUAUUUACGAAUAUAAAACGGAAUACGAACUAACGGUGGCAAAGUGUUUUCGUGUUUCGUGUUCAGUGCGAAAGUAAAAAAGUGAAAAAUUCCAAAUACAUGAAAACAAAUACAAAAUAGUUGAAAGUAAAUACAACUAAGCGGCUCACCGCAAAGUAAAAAUAAGAAACUAAAAAAUAAAUUACCAACAUGCGCUUUUGUAAUUAGUCGUUGGCAGCAAAGUAAUUUUGUGCACGAGGAAGGUACUAAAAAGAAGGGUCCAUAAAACACAAAAAAACUUUAUAAAACGAGCAACAAGAAGCAUAACUAAAGAAUAUUGAAAAAUAAAUAAAGAUACAAAGUGAACUUACUUACUUAAGAAGUGCAGUUAAAAGAGAAAAGUGUAAAAGUACACAGUAAACAAACAACGAAGCACCAGAAGAGCUUAAGCGCCAGCUUAACGAUUCUAAGAAGCAUCACAUCCUCAGCACAUUUCGGUCAACAGUGGAGAAGAGUGUAUACAUUAACGAAAAAUCUCAACAAAAAUGGUGCAAAAAUUCCAAUCGCCCGUUAGGGUCUACAAACACCCGUUCGAGUUGGUUAUGAAGGCCUACGAAUGCCGCUUUCCGAAAUGUCCUCAAAUGCCCAUCGUACUCGAUUGCGAGAUCGUCAAAGAUGAGGUCUUGGAGAACGGCGCGAAACGCAAUACAAGUCGACGUUGCAAAUUGGCCGUCGAUGCGCCGUAUAUUUUCAAAAAGCUAAUAGGUGUAGACUUUGUAUAUUUCCUGCAACACAACUACCUCGAUAUGGCCAAUCGCACACUGAAUAUAGAGGCUGUGAACGAGAGCUUCUCAUCACGCAUAGAAAUCUUCGAACGUUGCCGUUACUAUGCACAUCCCGACAAUCCCGAGUGGACCUGUUUCGAUCAGACUGCCACAUUGGAUAUUAAGAACUUUUUCGGUUUCGAACACUCCAUGGAGAAGAUGGGCAUGAAGCAAUACACACAAACCACGCUGAAGGGUAAGGAAAUCAUCGAGUAUUUCAUAAAUGAACUGAAAGAGAAGGGCGUCACCAAUGUGGAACGUUGGGUGCCGCCAGUAGAUGCACCCUGUUCGCCGACCACACGUGAAGCCAGCGAGGAGCCAGCACAGAAACUCAAAGAUGAGGAAAGGCGUCGCUCCUCACACGACGUGCUGCUCGAUGGCGAUUUUAUAGCGAAAAAUUUGGGUACACUCACACCGAUGCAGGCGUCAAAACUGUUGGAGCUGCGAAAAAUGCUGAAUGGUGUCGAGGACUUGGAGCAAAUGCCAAGUUAUCAGACCAUACUGCGUUUUUUGACAGCACGCGACUGGCACGUGAACCAGGCCUGCACCAUGCUCAAGGAUUCGCUGAACUGGCGCAAGGAGCACAACAUCGACACGCUGGUUAAGGACUACAAGGCGCCGGCAGUAGUGGUGAACCACUUUCCGGGUGCAUGGCAUCAUCACGACAAGGAUGGACGUCCGAUUUAUAUACUACGCUUGGGUCACAUGGACGUGAAAGGUCUGCUGAAGUCCAUCGGUACUGAAGGUUUACUAAAGCUCACGCUUCACAUCUGUGAGGAAGGCAUGCAACGCAUCAAGGAGUCCGCCGAAAAGUUGGGUCAACCUGUGUUGAGUUGGUGUAUGCUUGUGGACUUGGAGGGUCUUUCCAUGCGUCAUCUCUGGCGCCCGGGUGUAAAAGCUCUGCUCAAUAUCAUCGAAACGGUCGAGCGCAACUACCCCGAAACGAUGGGUCGCGUGCUAGUCGUGCGUGCGCCGCGCGUCUUUCCCAUCGCCUGGACAAUUGUGAGCGCUUUUAUACAUGAGAAUACGCGCUCUAAAUUCCUAUUCUACGGCGGUCCCGAUUGUCUACACAUGAAAGACGGCUUGGAGCAGUACAUCGAUUCGGAGAUCAUACCGGACUUUUUGGGUGGCCCAUGUAAGACACUUAUACAUGAAGGUGGACUCGUGCCAAAAACGCUCUAUAAAAUGAACUCGCUCGAAGACGACGAUGCGGAGGAGGAGGAGGCCAAAAAGACGCUGGAAGCCGGUGGCGCACUGAUGCACGACCAUCGUAGUCUCUAUAAAACCGUUGAACUGCGCACCGGUUACAUACACGAGGUUAUUAUACCGAAUGAGGACCCGAAGAGUGUGCUCACCUGGGACUUUGACGUGAUGCGCAGUGAUCUACACUUCACAUUGUAUCGCGCCACUAAAGAGCUGCCGCCAAAAACUGACACCUCUGUUUCCAUAUUCGAUAUGAGUGACUUCGUGGAGGGCGAACACUACUUCAAGGAGGAGCCAACGCUCAUUUGUCGGCACCGCGAAAGUGUGCAGGGUUCCCAUGUAAUGCACCACACACACUCCUACAUCAUGCAGUGGUUCAGCCCGUCGAGCGGCGCUGAAGGCCCCGCACAAUUGAACUUCUUCUACGAAGUGCUCAGCUCGGCCAACUACAAAGGCUCCAUGACCAGCCUGCAAUCCGGUUUCUCAUCAUCCUCCGCUGCCAGCUCGUGUCAGAGUCGAUGAUAUGAAGCGAACAACGGCGCGGCCUGCAGCAGUGCGGCAGCACGUGCGGAGCAUGCCAACGGGUUGGUGGCGGUCGUUGAUACAGCAGCGGGGAAGCAACAGCAACAGGAGCAUAAAGGGGAGGAGCAGGUGCAUGCGCAUGGCAUUAUGGCGGCGAAUUCGCUGAUGGAGAAGACAUUGAACUGAGUUGGAAAUGAGAGUGUAUGUGUAGCGCAAAUAAAUACACACUUAACUUUCGUUUUUAAACUCAGAAUAAUAUAAUUUAGUGUUACAUAAUGUUAAUAUGAAAGCAUGAAUAGUUUAAUAAAUCAUAAAGAUGCUAUAAUUUAAUUUAAGACAAAAGAAUAACUUGGAACCUGGCUUUUAAAUAGCGUUUUAAUAGAGUAAAUAAUAUUUUUUAGCCAAAGCUGCUGUGUCAUGUGCGAGCGAGUUGGCAAAAAAUUGCAAUUUUAAACAAUCUUAAUUUUAUAUUAACGAAUUUUAUAGCUAAAAUUGAAAUGACUGCAAAAGCAAAUAGAAAACGCAGAAAUUGCUUGUGUGAAAGUGGCGUUUAUUAUCGCCAUUGCUUUGUUUUGAAAGUGUAAUGUCAUCGAUAAAUCGAUAACAGCGUGUACAAUAAUUAUUUGUCAGUAGCAAACAAUCAUGAAUGCAAUAAAAUAAAACAAAAAUAUUACAGCCGCAUCGAAAUGUGCAAUAACAUUUACCUACAGACGCGUACAUAUUUUUGAAGAACUUACAAGAAACUACGAAAUAACGCCGAUACAAAACAAUAAACGAUUUAAAAUAUAAUAAAUAAAUGCAGUGCAAUUAUUUUUGACGAAAAUUCAGCAAAGGAAUUGUCGCUAAUUUUAUAUAAUGAGCACAACACAAUAAGCGCAAAAACAAUAAUUCAUAAAAAACGUAUUUUUUCGCGGUAGCGAUUGUUUUUAAUGGAAAAAUCAACGAUUUCAAGAAAUUUUUUUAAAUUUAAAUACCUUUUUUCCCAAAGUUAUCUUACUAUUUUUUUUCCAAACUUUCCUAAAAAAAAUUUGAAAAUUUGAGGCGAUAUACAUAUGUAUGUAUGUAUGGUGUAGCUGCAGCAACGCGAUUAAUUGCUAAUUUCUGCCAAAAAAAAAACUUUAAAUAUUCUUUUAAAAUUUUUCUUUGCAAAGAGCAAAUUUUUUUUAAAUCUUUUGAUAAUUUUUUUUUCUAAAAAAGUUUUCCAAAUUUUCCUAAAACUUUUUUUUCUAAAUUUUCCUAAAACAGGGUUUGUAUCGAUAUAUGGUAUAGCUGCAAUAACCCAAUUAAUUGCUAAUUUCUACCAAAAAAUAAUUUAAUUUUCCAAUUUUUAUUUUUUUUAUUUGUUUUUCCUAAAUUUUCCCAUAAAAAAGUUUUAGCGAUAUUUGGUUAAGCUGCAGUAACGCGAUUAAUUACUAAUUUCUGCCAAAAGAAAAUUCUUAAAAAUAUUUCCAAAAAAAGAAAGAAUUUUUUAAGAAAAAAAGUUUUACACUUUUUCUAAGUUAUUUUUUCUAAAUUUUUUUUAAAAACAAAAAUUUUUCUACAUUUUCCAAAACAAAGUUUUUAUAAAAUUUUUUGAUAAUUUUUAGUUUUUGAAGGAAAAACAUUGCUAUUAAUUUGUUUUCUUAUUAAAAAACCAAAAACAAAAUAAAAGUAAAAGUAAAUAAUGUAUUAUUGUUAAAUCAGUUCGUGAAAAAAAACUUAUUUUAAAUAAUUUUAGGAUAUAACCAAGCAUUUAGGUGAUAAAUUACUUUAAUUUAGCGGAUAAUUUCUGUCAAAAAAUUUCUUUGAAAUUUUUUUCUAAAUUUUCCUAAAAUUUUUUUUUUAACUUUCUUAAAAAAAUAUUUUUUUAAUUUUCCUAAAAAAAAAAUAUUUCUAAAUUUCACUUAAAUUUUUUUUUAAAUUCAAAUAGCAAAUUUUUUGAUAACCUCAAGUUUCUGAGGUAAAAGCGCUGCAAUAAAAUUUUUUUCUUUUUUUUUUCAUUAAAAAAAUGUUUUCUAAAAUUGAAAUAGCAAAUUUUUCGUAAAUUUUUUUUAGGAUAAUUUUGGGUUUUUGAUAAAAAAAAGUUGCUAACAAAUUUUUUUUUAUUUUCAAAAAAAGAAAACAUAAGUAAACAAUGUCAUUAAAUUCAAUUUUCAAUUCAAUUUAAAAAAAAAAACACGUCUAUUAAAAAUUAGUCGCAUAAAAUUACUGUUAGGUAAUAAAUUAUUUAAAUUGAACAGACCCUGUUUCAAAUAUCAGCAAAAAAUCGAAAGUUUUAAAAAUCAUCGCACAUAACCUAAAAACCAUACGCGUCAUUACGUUAGUAAACGCUUUUUAUGGAACUCCCAAACAAAUGGUUGUAAAAAAUAAAUAAAAAAUACAAAAACAUACAUAUGUACAUAUGUAUGUAUGUAUAUUUCUUAAGAGUUCACACUUUUCUUUUGUGUCAAUUAACGCAGACGGCUGAGAGAAAUAUAGUAAAACUCAAAUAAGACAUAAACAAAUGUAGGUAAUACAUAUGGUAUUUAUGUACAGCAGAAAUGCAAAACAAAUAUGUUCAUAAAUAUAAAACGAAAACUAGCAAAAUAAUUUUUAAGUAGACAUACAUACAUACAUACAAACAAAUAAAUAUAAUUGUAGUUUGCUAGUAAAUUUUGCCAGCAUCAAGUUGGCUGCAUGAACAUUAUAUAAGUGAGUAAAUAAAUUAAUAAAUAAAAAAUACAAAUUUUUUAGCUUUUUAUAUACACAGACAAGCGAAAGUGCGGAAAAGUAAUGCAAGACAGUAAAUGACAGAACAAUGAAAGUAAAGUAUUAGUAAAGUUGUAGUAAUGCUAGCAUUUAAGAUGACGAUAAGUAGUGUUUGCCUUUGUUUUGCGAUUAACGAAAUUUCUAUUAAAAAAUGAAAAGUAAAUGUAAGCACUCCUGAUAUUACUACCGACUACUUGUUACCUACCUUCAUUUCAGUGAAAACGGCAUAUACAUACAUAUAUAGCCACAGCGCACUAACACAUUUGAUAAAAAGAAACUGUAAAUUCUGUUUUGAAUGAAAAUAAAAAUCGCUAAAUUCUCGUACGUUAAAAAAUAUGUGAAAACCCUUUUGAGUAUAACGAGCAAUUUGUUAUCAACAUAGACACAUACGUAUGAAAUUUCAAACACACAGUUAUAAACGCAAAUACACACA